ACGGAUUUAAGACCGACUAAUGAUGUUAUGAGGAGACGUAGAAAACAAGAGUGGAAGGAUUGCAGCGUGUAGCAGGAAUGGAGUCUUUUAGCUUUUUGUUGAUCAUUCUCCUGUUUGGAAGUGCUAGCUUCUUAACAAUGGAGAGAGAUGAAGCUGCUGGACAUACAAAUCUAUCAUCAGCCUGUGUUCUGCCUAGAGCAUGUCCUGUGGCUGGCUAUAAUCACUGGUACAGCGUGGGGUCACGGUGUGUCAGAUAUUUCAGCACCCCUCUCAACUUCACUGAAGCUGAGUUUAGCUGCAGAAGUCAAGCCCAUGGUGGACAUCUGGUGUCAGUGCAUAACUCAAAAGCUAAUGCUGAUGUGCUCUGCAUUGUGGUCUACCAUAACCCACACAACCUGAUCACCUGGAUCGGAGGCUUUGAGCUUUUUCGGUCUGGUAAAUUUAUCUGGACUGAUGGUUCCUUCUGGAACUAUCAAAUCUGGUCACCUGGGGAGCCCACCCGCAUCUACCGCAGCAGUGAUGUCUGUGUGGAAAUGAACUGGAGUCAUGUUGGCAAAUGGAAUGACUACCCAUGUCACGUGAGAAGAAACUACAUGUGUGCCUUCAAAGUGAUGACAGCUUUAGAUUCAGACUAAAUAUAGACUGAACUUUUAUUUUUUCUUUAAAUGAAACCUUCAACUUAUAAACUUUGUUUAAAAUUGUGAAAAUAUAAUGUGUUUUCAAAUUAAAAACUGCAUUAUAAUAAAAAAAAGUAGUUUUUGUGUUGAACUGUUUUGGUAGUUUUUGACUGUAGUGGUAGAGAUUGCCUUCAAAUACUGCAUUAAUACAUAUUUGGGGAAAAUAGGCUUUUAUAUAUGUAACUGGUCUUUUAU